GCGGAAUCUUCCUCCAAAACGUAGCAGCCAAGUCUGGCGGGAACUUUCCGGCUAUUCCUCCACAGCCUCUUUCGCACCCAUUGCAACCGUUCCAGCCAGUCGGGUUUUUCUGAGCUGUGUGUUUGUACGUCCCACCACACCAUGUUGAUCCAGAGAACGGCCAAGGGGGCCAAAACCACAACCAAGAGCCAGAGGGCCUGGAACGCACCCCACGACGCCCGCGUGGCCACUGAAACUUCAAAAAAAUCGGCAAUCCCGAAGCAAUCCUCAUCAAAUACUCCCAAGAACCCCCUGGCGCCUAACGGAUCCACCACCCUUCCGUCCUCUAGCGCGUCCAAAGCGCCCAAUGGCGUCUCCAGUGCUAGAAGCGGGUCUUCUGGCACUUCCAGCACUAUUAUCCACCCUUGCUGGUGCUGUGGUACCCUUCUAUCGUACCCAUCAAGAGCCAGCAAGUUCAGAUGCUCCGUCUGUAACACUACCAACGUGCUAGAAGAACGGCCCCACAGCGAAAUGAUGGUUCCUACUCCUGUCUCUUAUCGCCACGUCCGUCACUUGCUCGACUCGUGCCUCGCAUCUGCGUCGUCUUCCGAGAAAUCCACCCACCAGGUCUUCGAACCGCUUUCCUCGUACAUGUACGAGUCAUUUCGAUCGUACCAGUGCUUGAACCAGUCAUUUCGGAUAAACAAUGCCAGCAAAAGAGCCCACUACUCGAUGUCGAACAUCAACGCCCACGAAAUAGGCCACACGUUCCGGCUUCUCUGCACUCUCCCAACGAAAAGACCACUCUACAACUGUUUGAAAGGUGCCUCCGAGUUAGCCAGACGCUUGUACACCCAAAAAGACGACGUUAUGACAUACCUAUGGGUUUUCAUACUUUUGGAGAUUCCGUUUCUCUCCAGAUCUUUAAGCAGCAAGAGCGCCGAAAAGAUCACUACCAUGGUAGACCUGCCUGAAAUAAGGGAGUUGAGCUACGAUGUGCUCAAGAGGUGCUUAGGUAUAAUUUCCAACAUCGACUCUGCGAAGUCCAGCAACUACUUUGCCUCUUGGAUCUCGAAACUAUCGGAGGAAGAGUUGAUCAUCAAAAUUGACCUUAUCAACCUAUACAUCACCUUCCACUUGCGAAAGUACUUCAACAGGACAAAUAACUACAAUGCUCGCUCAAAAUCUGUCAAUGGACAGGCACAUCCUUCCGACACGGAGUAUAUGGAAAACUGGAUCUUGAAGGAAGAACUCGAAGGAAGAGACCCGUUGGAGCUCCCGUUAUCGAAAUCAAAAUCAACAAAGAGUGACACUAGGAUCAAGCUACACCAGUAUGGUAAUGAUUGGCAUAUCAAAUCGGCAGCCAAGGUCUUGUCAAUAUUCGUGAAGGCAAAUACCAUUCGAGAGGUCAAGGUUCCUGCCAAUAACUUCUAUAAUUCUCUUGUUGACUUCGUUAACGUGAAAAUGGAUUUUGAUGGCUGGCAAUCUACACGGAAAUCUAGAAGAGCCAGCUAUAGUCCAGAAGCUGACGAGGUCCAGGCAGUCUUGGAGUAUAUCCAUGGAAAAUCGAUGUCAGAAUCGAUGUCCUAUUACUUUUGCCAAUACCCAUUUUUAAUAUCGUUGGGAUCAAAAAUAUCCAUACUAGAGUAUGAGGCUCGAAGGCAGAUGGAACGGAAGGCAGAGGAAGCCUUUAUUAACUCGUUGGACAAACGAGUUGCAAUCGAUAUGUAUUUUAGAGUCAAGGUUAGAAGAGAAUAUGUUGUUCAAGAUUCGCUCAACUGCAUCAAAUCGAACCCAACUAACUUGAAGAAGAGUUUAAGGGUUCAGUUUUUGAACGAGCCAGGAAUUGACGCUGGUGGUUUAAGAAAGGAAUGGUUCUCUUUGUUGACCAAGGGGAUAUUCAGCCCACAAACUGGCAUGUUAUACAAUGUGGAGGAUUCUAAUUAUCUUUGGUUCAAUGUUAAACCAAUCGAGAACUUUGAGAUGUAUCACCUAUUUGGAGCUAUAUUGGGAUUGGCAAUUUACAACUCCACGAUUUUGGACCUCAAAUUUCCAUUGGCCAUUUACAAGUUAUUAUUGGGACAGCUGGUUGGAUUGGCUGACUACCAGCAAUUGUUCCCGGUCUCGUACAAGAAUUUGAUGGCUCUCAAGAAAUUUGACGAGGCCAAUUUGAGCUCUCUAGACUUAACGUUCGAGGUGACGUAUUCGGACGCAUUUGGAAGGCCACAUACAGCCGAAUUGAUAGCUGGUGGCAAGAAAAUUCAGGUUAAUGUGAGCAACCUAGGUCUUUACAUCCAAAAAUACUGCGAUUUCUUUAUUAAAGACGGGAUAAAGCCUCAAUUGGAUGCAUUUACCACUGGAUUCGCGAGGGUAAUUGGAGGCAACGGACUUUCGCUCUUUCUGGCUGAAGAGAUUCAUUUAUUAAUUUGUGGAAAUGAGGAGAGCGACAUCGACAUUGAUAUACUCAAGUCAGUCACCCAAUAUGCUGGCUGGAGUGGCGGAAAAGAGGAAGCAACGAACUCGCAGGUGAUCCAGUGGUUCUGGGAAUACUUUCAAAGUUUAAAUGCUAACCAGAGAAAGAAGUUUUUGGUGUUUGUGACAGGCUCAGACAGAGUUCCUGCUACAGGUAUCCAGAACUUGACGUUUAAAAUCAGUCUCAUGGGAAAGGACACCAAUAGAUUGCCCGUUGCUCACACCUGUUUCAACGAGUUGGCUCUCUACAACUACAGAAGCAAGGCGAUCUUGGUGGACAAGGUGAGCCGAGCAGUGAACGAGAGUGCAGGCUUUGGGCUCAAAUGAAAUGGAUAUAGUGGAGCGGUGUCUCCAGGCAUAAUAGAACACAACGGCGUUUGGC